AUGCGUUGUACACACCUCCACUCCAUCGACGACUACAACAUCACCAAAGACCUUGGAUUCUCAAACGUUAUGAUCGCAAAGAAUGGCAAUAAUCAUCCUGAUCUGCAAACUGCCCUAGUAAACUCGACAUGGCUGGACGUUGAAGAUAUGCCGGUAACAUGCGGAGCGUGCAAUCAUACGGGAGAUGUCAAGAAGUUCAAAACAAUCGAAGCCGCACCCGAGUAUCUUCGGAUUAACCUGGAACUGAACACUUUUGACAAAAAUGGAGACCAAGUAUUCGACAAGGAUGACCAAAGUCUGCCGGUCAAGAAUACGCAUCCCAUCAUCAUCCCCAACGAGCUCGAUCUCACUGCGCACGUUAGUCCUCCGUCUUCACAGCUCCGGUACAAGCUCAUCGGCAAGAUCAUUCACUCCGGUAACCUCACACGAGCGGGUCAUUGCACUGCAUGUGUGACAACCUGUCCUCAAAAAGGCAGACAGAAGAAGGACAGUCCACUACCAAUAAAACACUACUUCAUCAAUGACGAUCACCAUCUCUUCCCUUUUCCAGGAAACUACAUACACCCGCUCACUCAUAAUCCGGAGACCCAAGGUGACACCGAUUUUGAGGCCUCGACUCUGAUAUACGAAAGAUUGCCCAACAGACCAGGGCCAGUUGCUGAGCUGUAUGAGCCACCUGAGAGAAUUGGCGUUGUCGGGGUCGUAUGGAGGAAGGGGAAGAAGGAAGGGAAUCAGGGUGAGAAGAGAAAGAGUGAUGAGAUAGAAGAUGAGAAAGUCGAGGAGAAAAAUACCAAGGAGACAGAUGAAAGUAAGGGCAAGAAGGAGGCAUCAGAUGAGCAAAGUCAGGAGCAGAAACCGAAGAAACGGUCAAAAACUUCCGAAUCUACUGAUCAAAGCUCUUGGGAUACCCUCCGUCAGGCUUACAAAAUGACAAAGAUCCCCGGACCUCUGGACCAGCGCAUUUGGACUGCCUGUAGUCAGCUUGAUGAUUUGUCGAAGACCCACUCCUAG